CAGAAGGUUCAAGAACUAGGCAUUAAGCCAGACAAUGCUGUUAAGUUGCUCAAUAAAGUUGUGACUGCAUCAACUGAAUGUGAAAGAGCUAAUGAAGCAGCAGAGGACAUUCUAAAACUACGAGAUGGAGAGAAAUUAAAAGUAAUUGAUGAAAAGAUAACAGCUAUUGACAAAAUCCUAAGCAGAAGAGAAAGCUUGAUUUCUGAAAGAAAAAAAGCAGAUCUCAUUGCAGAAAAGUCAAGCCUUGAAGACAGAAAAGAAGGCAUACAGAAAGACCUGCAACAAAGUGACCCUCAGAGUCUUAGAAGACUGCAACAAAGGAAGCAAAGAUUAGCUAAAACACUUAUCGAUGAGAACAGAGUGAAAAGACGAAAACUCGGUGCAGGGGCAAAGAAGUCGUUGGAUACUGAAGAUGAAGAAUUCAUAGCACGUUCUAUAGAAGAAACAAGCACAGCACAUGGUAGACGUCAUGAUACUGUACUUUACAGCCAUCAUCCCGUUAAGAAGUGCCACUUUUUGUCGUUAGCUAACUAUAACUUAUACAGGCGUGGUAAAAAGCUGAUCAAAUCGGCUACUACUGUACUUAACAGAAGUAGACCAAAAAAUAUAAAUUCCAGGGCAGCAAAGGCACAUUGUGGGAAGUCUCUAUUUUGUUCCAAAAAGCCCCCUAAGACUGAAACUGAACUAGGUCUAGCAACCCAUCAUCAAAGGGCACAUAUUCGCAAUUGUAAGUUUGACAUGUUCAAAGAAGAGAAUAGGGCUAGAAGUCUAAUGAUCAGUUUUGAUGACAAAGCAUACAUCAGGCCUGGAAGUGAUGUGGGAGCCAGGAAUGUCAAAAAGGGAGUAAUAUAUGAUGUGUCCGACCCUUCAAAACAAAAAGCGCUUCCCCAACAUGAUUUUACAGAGGCAAAAGUACAUCAAACACCAUCUUCUUUUAGGUUUCUAAGAGGCAAAGUUGCAACCAUUGACGGAGAGCAAAAGUUUAUUCACGAAGACGAUCAAACAAUUGUAACUGUGCUUCCUAAGAGCUACGUUGGUAGCUCAGGAAGUGUAUGGGCCUCUGAUCAACUUAAGAUUAAAUGGGAAGUUCCUCAGGUUUUUGAACAAUCUCCAAUAUCACCACCAAAGUUCUCAUUGCCUGUGAGGAAAUUUUGUCAUCGUGUUCAUGAUAUAUUAUUUUAUUUCAAAGAUUGCUCACUCAGAAGUGACGUCAUGUGUGUAACAAGUGACAUCAAUUGUCAGUUUAAAGAAUAUGAAAUGAAAAAGCUGAAGUGGUUGAAAAACCAGCUGUCUGAAGCAGUCAGUAUUUUCCAUGAAGAGAAAGAAACACUCAUCCACCAUGAAGUUGCCAGUGGAACUUAGCUCAUAGGCAUUAUCAACGACAUCCAGGAAGUGAAUGAUGACAUCGAUAAGACCAGCUCAACAUUAAGUGCAAAUACUAUCUGGGAACAUCAAGAAAAGGCUGUUAACCUUUGUGAUACUGCGAUUGCAUUCAUCAACAGUCUCAAGUUGCCACCACUCUGUGACCAUAUUUUGCAAGCAACAGAUGCUGGUCCAGGGGUUGGGGUCACUAACAUCGAGGUUAAGUACAGAGACAUUGAGAUGUCAAGGAUUAAUAGCUGGACUCACGUGAACAGGAUUCACAGGGCACCACACGAUUCAGGACAAAAUGAAGCGGAGCGUUCUAACACUGCUAUAGGUGAAGCUUUGGUUGAUGGCAGAGCAUUACACUGGGAAUACUUUCAUCCAACUGAUCUCAUCAGUGAAGAAGAACUGAAAACACUCACAGUUGAAGAAAUGAAAGAGCUAGAGGCAGAAGUAGUGGAGCGUAAUGCAUGGAGAGUUGCCCAGGAUGUUGUGUCAAGAAUCGAUGGUGAGCCUGGACCAGCUGGUGACUGUAUGAAGGCCUUUGUUACCAAUCGUAAAGAACAGCAGUUCUUUUUCAAUACCGAAUACAUUCAGCAAUACAAUGCUGCAAAGUCGGAGACGAGAAAAGUAAAAGUCCCAGGUCAGAACUAUUUCAAAAAAUUAGAUGACCUCAUAGAAUCCUGUAUGAUUACUGGAGAAAUGUUUCACGAGUACUGUGAAAAUGAGUCAGUGGGUCCCACCCCUCGUCCAGUUCCAGACAUCAACAAACUUCCAAAGUAUCACUAUCUGCCUGUUGCAGAAAUACCCAUCACAAAUACAGACGACGGUAAAAGAAGAGAAGUGGAUGAUUAUCACCCUAGAGCACGUUUAAAGCAAGCCCACAAAAAGAAUGAAAUCAAUAUCAAGGAUAGUGCAAGUGUUCAGACCUUUAGCAACAGAUACAUUGUUGAAGAAAGUCUUGUGAGAAAAUACCUAGCACAUUUAAAUCAUUUAGAGAUGAUGAGUGGGAAGAGAAAAAUGGAAAAGAAAAACAAGAAUUUGAAAGAGAACACAAUGUCUUAUGAGGAAUAG